AGACAGUCUGCGCUGAAAUCAAUGCAGCCUCCGUGUUAGCAGCAGCAGAUUCGUCACGAGACCCGGUUCGAUAAUCCAGGAAUUACACGAAUAAGGAAAUAAUGGCCGUUUCGGAGCCUGGCUAGUCAGUUCGGGUAAGGCUGGUGAAGGAGGGAUUUUUUUUUCCCCCGUCUGACAGGCUCCGGGUGGGGGGGGGUUCGUGACGAAUGUGCGAGUGUGAAAGCUGAGCUGCCCCCUCGCUGACAGCAAAACACAAACAGUAAUGGCUGCUGCGGUGGGUAUCCCGAGCCUGCGGUAAAGGCCCCUGGACAGAGGCGGUGCGGAGAGGCACUGGAACCGUAAGGGCAUUUAUUGGGCGUCUAAAUAGAUAGUGCUUUCAUUAUUGGCGGGUGUCAAUCCUGGUGCUCUCCAUUAGCAGAGAUAGCCGGGUCCUGGGGCUGUCUGUUAGCGGAGACAGCCGGGUCCUGGUGCUGUCUAUUAGCAGAGACAGCCGGGUCCUGGCGCUGUCUAUUAGCGGAGAUAGCCGGGUCCUGGUGCUGUCUAUUAGCGGAGACAGCCGGGUCCUGGCGCUGUCUGUUAGCAGAGACAGCCGGGUCCUGGCGCUGUCUGUUAGCAGAGACAGCCGGGUCCUGGCGCUGUCUGUUAGCAGAGACAGCCGGGUCCUGGGGCUGUCUGUUAGCGGAGACAGCCGGGUCCUGGCGCUGUCUAUUAGCGGAGAUAGCCGGGUCCUGGCGCUGUCUAUUAGCGGAGAUAGCCGGGUUCUGGCGCUGUCUAUUAGCGGAGACAGCCGGGUCCUGGCGCUGUCUAUUAGCGGAGACAGCCGGGUCCUGGCGCUGUCUAUUAGCGGAGACAGCCGGGUCCUGGCGCUGUCUAUUAGCGGAGAAAGCCGGGUCCUGGCGCUGGCUAGCGAGACAGCUGUCCUGGCGCUUGCUCCAUGUUUUAGACAGCCGGGUCUCUGGCGCUGUCUAUUAGCGGAGAUACGGGUCCUGGCGCUGUCUAUUAGCGGAGACAGCCGGGUCCUGGCGCUGUCUAUUAGCGGAGACAGCCGGGUCCUGGCGCUGUCUAUUAGCGGAGAAAGCCGGGUCCUGGCGCUGUCUAUUAGCGGAGAAAGCCGGGUCCUGGUGCUGUCCAUUAGCAGAGAUAGCCGGUCCUGGCGCUGUCUAUUAGCGGAGAUAGCCGUCCUGGCGCUGUCUAUUAGCGGAGAUAGCCGGCCCUGCCACAUAGCUGAGACAGCCGGGUCCUGGCGCUAAGCCUAUUAGCGAGACAGCCGGGUCCUGGCGCUGUCUAUUAGCAGAGGAAGUACGCAUCCUGGUGCUCUCUUUAGCAGUCGCCAGGCCUCAGUGCUUUCCCUCUUUUAACAGUGGAAAUCAGAUAUCUUUGCUUUCCUUUUUAACAGCGAAGCCAAUAGAGGAAGCCAGGUCCUGGUGUUUCCAUUGGCAAAGAAAAGCCACAUCCUGGUGUUUCCAUCGGCAGAAGAAGCCAGGUCCUGGUGCUCCAUCGCAGAAGAAGCUGUGUCCUGGUGUUUCCAUCGGCAGAGGAAGCCAGGUCCUGGUGCUCUCCAUUGGCAAAGAAAGCCACAUCCUGGUGCUCUCCAUCGGCAGAAGAAGCCAGGUCCUGGUGCUCUCCAUCGGCAGAAGAAGCCAGGUCCUGGUGCUCUCCAUCGGCAGAAGAAGCCAGGUCCUGGUGCUCUCCAUCGGCAGAGGAAGCCAGGUCCUGGUGCUCUCCAUCGGCAGAGGAAGCCAGGUCCUGGUGCUCUCCAUCGGCAGAGGAAGCCAGGUCCUGGUGCUCUCCAUCGGCAGAGGAAGCCAGGUCCUGGUGCUCUCCAUCGGCAGAGGAAGCCAGGUCCUGGUGCUCUCCAUCGGCAGAGGAAGCCAGGUCCUGGUGAUUUUUUUUUUUUUAAAGAUUUUCUGGGAACCUCGAGGAAAGAAUGCCAGUAUUAUAUCGAGCAGGCAUCACAAAUUCUGACCUACAACUCUGGCCAUUUUUCUGGCAGAGGUUUGCUAUCCGUGAUAUAGAAUAAUCAUUCUCAAGAGUUAUUUAAAGGGCUGACUUGCAAAGCUGCAUUUUUGCAGGCAAACUUGUUUCUUUUGGGAAUACUAUUUCACCUUAGCCACACAGGGUUAUGCACUAAACUAAGAAUUGAAAGUGAAUUUCAAAUUUAAAGGGACACUUUAGUCAGCAGAAUAACUUUAUAUUAAUGAAGCAGUUUUGGUCUAGAGAUCAUGCCCCUACAUUCUCACUGCUCAAUUCGCCGUAAUAUAGGAGUUAAAUCACUUUGUUUAUACAACCCUAGUCACACCUCCCUGCAUGUGACUUGCACAGCCUUCCAUAAACACUUCCUGUAAAGAGAGCCCUAUUUAGGCUUUCUUUUUUGCAAGUUCUGUUUAAUUAAGAUUUUUUUAUCCCAUGUUAAUAGCUUGCUAGACCCUGCAAGAGCCUCCUGUAUGUGAUUAAAGUUCAAUUUAGAGAUUAAGAUACAAAUAUUUAAGGUAAAUUACAUCUGUUUGAAAGUGAAACCAGUUUUUUUAUUCAUGCAGGCUCUGUCAAUCAUAGCCAGGGGAGGUGACAGUGAAUUAAGCAGUGAGACUGCAGGGGAAUGAUCUAUACAUUAAAACUGCUUUAUUUAGCUAAAGUAAUUUAGGUGACUAUAGUGUUCCUUUAACUUUGAAUUUCUCAUCUCCUGCUCUGUUAAUAGCUUGUUAGACCCAACAGGUGCCUCUUGUAUGUAAUUAAAGUUCAAUUUACAAACCAGGAGAUAAAAACUUUCAAAGGAGCACUAUAGUGUCAGGAACACAAACAUGUAUUCCUGACCCUAUAGGGUUAAAACCACCAUCUAGCCACCCUGGUCCUCCAUUAAUAUAGCAAAAUCUUACUGUAUUCAAGUCUGGAGCUGCUUGCUUUGUCACGGUUUCAUUUAGACCUUCCCACUGACAUCAUCAGAAGUGGUAGCCUGAUCCAAUCACAAUGCUUCCCCAUAGGAUUGGCUGAGACUGACAAAGAGGCAGAUCAGGGGCAGAGCCAGCAUGAUUCAAACACAGCUCUGGCCAAUCAGCAUCUCCUCAUAGAGAUGAAUUGAAACAAUGAAUCUCUAUGAGGAAAGUCCAGUGUCUACAUGCAGAGGCAGGAGAUACCGAAUGUUUGGAUGCAUUUUAGGCAGCCAUGACCCAGGAGGGAUCUCUAACAGCCAUCUGAGGAGUAUCCAGUGAACUUCUCACUAGGCUGUAAUGUAAACACUGCAUUUUCUCUGAAAAGACUGUGUUUACAGCAAAAAGCCUGAAGGUAAUGAUUCUACUCACUAGAACAAAUUCAGUAAGCUGUAGUUCUGGUGACUAUAGUGUCCCUUUCAAGUUAGUUGCAUAGGAUUGAAAAUGAAACUAUUUUGUUUUCAUGCAGGCUGUGUCAGGGACAGACAGGGGAGGUGUGGCUUGAGCUGCAUAAACAAAAGUGAUUUUAACUCCUAAAUGGCAGAUAAUUGAGCAGUGAAACUACAGAGUCAUGAUUUACACACCCAGACUGCUUUAUUAACCUAAAGUUGUUUUGGUGACUAUAGUGUCAAAAAUACUUGAACUGUAAAUAUUCUCUACGUUAGCUAUGUAUUCCCUUUAGCUACUCUGGCCUUAAAUUAGAAAUACAUUUGUAAUUCUCUUUUUAGUAAAAAACCUUAAAACUUUGUUCUACAGAUAUACCUUAUACUCUGGCAGGGGGAGCAUGAGAACGUUGUAAUGAAAAUCUCCCUGUGAAUCUUUAUGAUGCUUUUUUUAUUAUUAUUGCUACAUGCCCAAUAUCACAAUUAGAUGUUUUAUUUUUAAUUAGCAUUAGUAAUUUAAGAUACUGGUAUUUAAAAGAAAUGUGAAAUUUUCUACAUGUGUCUCUCUAUAUCUUUUCGGGUGUACCUUGUAAUGGGGCGAGUGGGUGUAAAUAAUUCUGUAACUAUAUUAAAGUCACCAUCACCUGUAUAUUUCCGCAUUAUAAAGGUAAUGCAAUAAUGCAUUUAGACUAUACGAAAUAAAAUAUAUAUUUAAAGUUCCUGCUGCUUAUGUUAAAACACUGAAUGAGCUGAAUGUAGAUCAUUUUCAGACCAAUCUGGAGCCCCUUAACAUAGUUAUUUUUUUUUUUUUUUUUUUUUUAAAUCAACCAUUGUCCAGACACGGUUUGUGGGAUAUGUAGCUCAACCCCGGCCACAGUUCCAGUUGAUAAAAGUAAAACUUUCUCACUGCUUCCAAGGCAGAGGGGGCAGCAAUAUUGUUGCUGCAUUUGUAAGUCAGUGUUUGAAAGUAUCAAAGAAAUAUACGCACCUAACCUAUACAAUAAGCAUUUGUUGCUCUAAUGCUUUAUGAUGCCUCUGGGGAUGGCAGCCAAAACCUAGUAGCUCAAUAACUGCUGUAUCCAAUAGCUAAAUUAAUGCUUUAUUGGCUUGUAGUGGUUAUGGUGCCUAAACUGCUAUUUCAAAGGGGCACUGUGUGCAACAUAACCACAACAGCUCAGUGUAAUGGUAAUGUUACCUUAAGUAUUUAAGUACAAGGUGGACCAAAAUUCAGAGUAGGGUUUGAGAAGUAAAUAACUUUUUUUUUUAUAAAUGUACCAAUUUCAGUGAUAUUACAUACAGUGAAUGCUUAAAGGACCACUAUAGGCACCCAGACCACUUCAGCUUAAUGAGGUAGUCUGGGUGCCAGGUCCAGCUAGGUUUAACCCUUUUUUCUAUAAACCAUAGCAGUUUCAGAGAACCUGUCUCACAGCCGCUCGAGGGCUUCCGCACUUCUCACUGUGAUUUUCACAGUGAGAAGACGCCAGCGUCCAUAGGAAAGCAUUGUGAAUGCUUUCCUAUGAACUGGCUGAAUGCGCGCGCGGCUCCUGCCGCGCAUGUGCAUUCAGCUAAAGAGGAGGAAGAGAGCUCCCCGCCCGGCGCUGGAGAAAGAGGUAAGUUUAACCCCUUCCUCCCCCUAGAGCCCGGCGGGAGUGGGACCCUGAGGGUGGGGGCACCCUCAGAACACUAUAGUGCCAGAAAAACGAGUAUGUUUUCCUGCCACUAUAGUGGUCCUUUAAUGUAUGGAGAUUUGUUUGACUAGGUACGAACUGUAACAUCUUUCAAAUGAGCUCUAUUUGCUGCAUCGCAAAGUUGGGCUCUUUCGAUUUGAUUGUUCAUAAAAUUAGUUAAUGGUUGAGGCUCUAGCGCUUGAAUUUCUGCACGGAUACUCCCCUUGAGCUGCUCAAGUGUUUGCGGUUUGUUGACGUACACCCACUUCUUCAAAUACCCCCCCAGGAAUUAAUCAGGAGCUAAAAGCUCAAGCCGAACAUGGUGGCCGAUAAAUUGGAAACUUGAAAUUAUCCGCUCGUUGAACAAUUGUCUCAGAAGGUCCACUGUGUCCCUGGCUAUAUGGGCAGUAGCCCCAUCCUGUUGAAACCACAUUUCAAUACGAUUUUCCACUAUAGGACCUAAAAAAAACAAAAACAUUAUUUUACUGCCAUUUUUGAAAUAGAAUUCAAGAAUUUUUAUUCUUUUGUUCCUUCGUGAAAUUACUCAUGAUCAGUCUCCCAAGACUCCAUUAUAAAAAAAUCCAAAAUAUAUUGAACUACUAACAAAUAAGUUGUAUACCUGUCAAAUCCUACUCUGAAUUUUAUGUAAAGCAAUUUUGAAUCCGUUUGACAAAAAAAAAAAUAACUCCCUCCUCAGUCACAUUGAUAAUAUGGAUGUGAAACUUUUGCAUUAUAAGACUGAUUGACAUAAACUGAGAUGUAUUGUUGGCUUAGAGUCAUGGGAGCGGUCUCUGAAUGUCACGAAGAGUCAAUAAUUUGGUCCAGUUUACUCAGACCUCUGUAUCCUGCAAACAUUAUUUGUUGACCUACAGGAGAAUCUAAACGUUUAAUGAUGGCUUCUCUUGAAGACAUAGGGUACAAGUCCAUUACCUGUGUUCCUGAGACACAGCUCUGUGAGGCGUACCUGUUUGUUUUUCUUAUUGAACAUGUGAGGCCAUUCUCCUGAAACUUUUACACAUUUUGCAAUUUAUGGAUUCUCCUUAAAGGACCACUAUAGUGCCAGGAAAACAUAUUCGUUUUCCUGGCACUAUACUGCCCUGAGGGUGCCCCUCCUGCCCGGCUCUGGGGAGAGGAAAGGGGUAAAAACGUACCUUUUUCCAGCGCCGGGCGGGGAGCUCUCCUCCUCUGAUCCUCCUCUUCUCCUCCCAUUCGGCUGAAUGCGCACGCACGGCAAGAGCUGCGCGCACAUUCAGCCUGUCUUACAGGAAAGCAUUUACAAUGCUUUCCUAUGGACGCUUGCGUGCUCUCACUGUUAUUUUCACAGUGAGAAUCACGCAAGCGCCUCUAGCGGCUGUCAAUGAGACAGCCACUAGAAGCUUUGGAGGAAGGAUUAACCCAUUUGUAAACAUAGCAGUUUCUCUGAAACUGCUAUGUUUAUAAAAAAAUGGGUUAACCCUAGCUGGACCUGGCACCCAGAACACUUCAUUAAGCUGAAAUGGUCUGGGUGCCUAGAGUGGUCCUUUAACAUCUAUUAUCUGACUCCUUAUUGGAUAGACGUCUAUCCUGCUUCUGCAACUCCCUGUUUUACUGUAAUCAGUAACAUGGAAAGGAUGUAUUUUUUUCUGACCAGGCAGGAUAAACCUCUGAGAGUACAUUCUCAAGGUUAAACUUAGACAUAACCCCAAAAAACAUAUUUUGGAGGGUUAGGUAGCACCUUUUACAGGGACCGAGUGGACAAACAUUCCAAAGAGAUAGCCCUUUUAAAUACUCUACUGCUCGUUUUUUCCUAUGAUCAACAUCACUAACCUUUCCGUGUGCUGCCUGUUCAGGUCAAUUGCCGAGUGAUGUGGAACAGAUGCCCACAAAGUGCUUUUUGGCUACUUCAGUGAUUACUAUGUAUCAGAGGGCCUGUCUUGCUGUCUAGGGUUUAGCUCUGACUUGUCAGACAUGUCUUACUUGCUCAUGUCCCGGUCUGCUGAUGUGCUGUUUCAAUCUAAUCUGUUAUAGUUCUUUUUUUACUUGGAGUUAAGAAUUACAUGGUUUACAUGUUUGUUGUUUCCAAUGGUCUGUGAAGGCUCUCCACUGUGUGUUGGAAUAUUUCUGCAACAACUUGCCUAGAAUGUCCUUGUAGUACUAAGAUGCUAGCCAAAACUAAACUGUUACAAAUAGUCCGAGAUGACUAAUUCCUCCUCCACCAAAUUUCGUAGUUCGUCAGGAAGGUAGUGUCCUCCUGGGAUCUAAGCACGGGAUUGUCUGCUCAUCGUCAAACAGUCCAAUAUGCAAUGUGUCCUGCGGUGUCCUUAUAAAUGAAUAUAGCUCCUGACAUUUCUAUAACAUAAUGAGAGAUUGUAUUUUAUAAUUGUCUAGUAUUGAAAAUUUUCUCUGAGUGCAAAGAAUGGCUCAAAUUAGAGUUUUGUUUUUUUACUAUUUUUAAUGCUUGUUUUUAGGUUCGAUGACAGUAACAGGGUUUGCAGAAGUGUAAAUAAAGUAUAUACCAUUGCCGCACAAUCGGGUUUAUAUUUGUGGAGGAGAAUCGAGCCAUAUUUCUGGCAUUACUGCUGUGAGCUAGAUUUUCUGACCUAUUUUGCAAAUCUUGACCUGAUUUUCAUUUGGCGGUUAUGAGCUGUGCUUUGUCCUGUUUGCUGCUGCUAUGUAAAUACUGCAGUGCUGCUGGUGCACAGAAUCAUUUAAAUAAAAUCCAAGCUGUCAUCUGUCACUGACCUGUGUUCUUAGUUUCAUCCACACACCCUUCUUCUGUGUUACAUAACCAAUUCGGUUUGUUAUGUCUAUGUCCUCUGUUAACACUGUAAUAUUACUAAUUUCUCCUAAAUGUCUGUGGAACAUUUCUUCAAAUAUUUAGUUGAAUUUUAGAUGUAAUUAAUAAAUUGCUUAUCUUGGAAUGGCUGGCAACAAAAAGCUGUGACUGCAUCUAGCAAUUACAUAGGAAGUGAACUGGCUGCUACCAAUCACGCAGCGUUGAGAUCCAUUGAAUAUACCGCCAACAAACACAACCCUGACAGCAGUUAUCCAGUGUCUAUUCUGCGUAUUAUGAAACACAUGAGUGUGCCAAGAAACAUUGCAAACAAGAUUUGCCUCAAAUGAACUUCACCUAGCAUUAUUUACUAAACAACAAAUUAAAUUUAGGGCUCGAUAUAAAAGAUGUAUUAGCUGUUUAAUGUUCGUUUUUUUUUUUGUUUUUUUUUUAUUGAUUGUUGAUCGUAAAUUAAAAGGGGGGCACCAUUUCCCUGGAUUAUUAAUAUCACGUUUAUCUAUCUCUUAUAUUCAAGAAAUGUGUUUUCUGAGGUCUGAAAAUUCCUAAAUUUAUAUGUAAAAACCCACACUACUGUCAGUGGAAGUAAACACCUUGUCAGUCACCGGUAUAAGGUCUGUCCUUCACACCUGUCAGUCACAUGGAAAGCACAUAGUGAGAGGAGAAACGAACAAUGGUGGAGAUUUAAGAAAGAAUUCUGAAAAGUACUUUUAGUGAGGACAGAAAUGUGUUUCCGGUUAAUGAAUUUAUUUUAAAAGUAGCCACAAAAUAAUAAUAGUGUGUGAAUAGUUAUGCAAAUUUUUUGCUUUGCUUUCUACUGUAAAAAGCAAUAAUUUUGCUGUAAAAAAAAAAAGAUUAAAUAGUAAUACAUUUUAUGUGCUGCACAAAACUUUUAUGCAAGAGAAAAAAAAUGAAUACACAAAGAAAAUAUGCAUGCUAUUUUUUUUUACUUGGAAGUGUAAGAAAUGUUGGCUUGCAAUAGCUGCAGACCUAUUAUCUGCAGCUACUGCAAGCUCUCCCCUUCUAACCCCGCCCAGACAUUCUGUGGCUGUCCAAUCACAGUCUUCCCAAUGCAUGAGAAGUCUUUGCAAGGCAGGUUCUCUGGGCAGUUGCUGCCUCUUCAGUUUAACUCCACUGAGUUAAUCAAACCAGAAAAUAACAGGGCCAGCUGUCCAACAAGCAUCAUUAAUAAAAUUGAUGUUUUCUGUUUGAUUCAACACUUUUUUAGAAAAAUAAAAAAAACAAUAGGACACACCGAGGUGAAAUACUUUAUUUGUUUGGAGUGUUCUGUAAAAGCAAGAAGAAAAUCACAGAAAAUGGGCAGAUUAUUCAACAGUAAAAAAAAUGAAUCAAUAAAUCUCCCUCAUUGUGUCUGUUUAUCCUGCUCCGAUGCAAUAUGUGCUCUGAUUGGGUCAUCCUUGAACUGAAUCGCGAUGUUGUCUCAAUUGUUUUAAUAAUACACAUUUAAAGGAUCACUAUAGUUUGUUUUCCUGACACUAAAUAAUCCUCAGGGCCCCCCUCCUGCUGGGCUGAAGGUGUUAAAACCCCUUCAGCUACUUACCUUUAUCCAGCACCGGUGACCUCUCCUCCACCUCUGACGUCAGCUCUCAAGUGGAGCCGAAUGCGCAUGUGCGGCCAUAGCAGCACACGCAUUAAAAACACCCAUAGGAAAGCAUUUCUCAAUGCUAUUCUAUGGACGCUCUGCGUGCUGAAUGCGAUAUUCGCAUUGAGCAUCGCAGAAGCGCCUCUAGCGGCUGUCAGGAAGGCUGAAUUAACCCUGCAAUGUAAACAUAGCAGUUUCUCUGAAACUGCUAUGUUUACAGCUGCAGGGUUAAAACCUGGGGGACCUGGCACCCAGACCACUUCAUUGAGCUGAAGUGGUCUGGGUGACUAUAGUCAUCCUUUAAAAGAAAAUUGGGCAUCACAUAAAAUAAAAACAGGUACAAGUUAUAGGUUUUCAAUGUUUUAUUUUAAGUUGUCAAACUCCAGCAAAUGCUUGCUUCUCUACAAAGCCUUUUUUAUUUAUGUCACAUAUUUUUAUCUUUCAGGCCGAUGGAUGCAAUGGACCCCCAAGAUCGGAAAGACUUGGACAAGUUUAUCCGGUUCUUUGCUCUGAAGGUAACAAGGUGUAUUUUAUAUAAUUGUAGGCUUCUUCAUGACUAGUAGCUAAUGCUAAAUAUCAUCGUUGUUGGGUUGGAUGACUCUCAAGACACUAACACCCGAACUAGGCGAUUUUAUCAGUGAUUGUUCACUUAGUUGUUCUAUUUAGUUAUUUUCAAUCAUAUUUAAUUUAGUGCACAGUAAUAAGAUCCAUCCCUUCUCAGUUCCCCCUUCCCUUUUUUGUUACAAUAAUCUAGCAGAUCAUGUGCAAACUGUAAUAUCACUUUCUGUGACACUAUUAACAUAAUUCAUUAGAAAAUGUGAAUAAAGCCACUUCCUUCAGUUACUUUACUCACCUACCAAGAUGUAAUAAUAGGAAGCUGUACAGCUAGCAGCAAACUUGCACACAAUUCCAUUCACCCUUCAUUCAGUUAAAGGGUUACUCCAAGUAAUAUAAUGACAUCAGCGAUUUGAAGUGGUCAUGGUGCUUGGAGUCUUUAUGUGCAGCAAUUCAGUUUGAUACUGUGCACAUGCUGAGAUAUUUUAUGUUGCUGCCAGUGGUGUAACUCCACCCCUGGCAGUGUCAUCAGCCAGCUCGGAAUGAGAGCUGCAGGCUGGUUUAUGUGAAUUAUGUGCAUAUUCCAUGCAUUAGCGGUCUGUUAUUGGCUGAGAGCACUCAGCUGACACUACCAGCCAAUGAAUGACCAGCGGGAUCAGAAUGCCGGUUUCUGCAGAAGCCAGAUGUGUGUCUCCCAGCAUUAGAGGAGGUUCAGCUGGACCCAGGUAACAGACAAAUCAUCAGCCCAGUGUAGAUGUUAUGAUGCUUGGAGCAACCCUUGAAGCUAUUUGUGUCCAAUUUCUGUUCCCUGAUCUGGUGAGUUCUCUCACUUGCAAAUACUCCUGUAGGUGAAUAUCUGUAUUAUUUUAGAAUUGUAUUUAUGUAUUAAUUUUACAAUCUUAAUCACAUUAUUUGUAUAAUACAUUGUUAAAGUAGGUUAUAUUUAACUGUAUUCAGUGUAAAAUCCACCUGCUACUAUGUCAGAUUCUCCUGAUAUAUACUACCGCUGUCUGAUAAUAACUCCAUCUCUCCUGACAGCAUUUAUACCUGUGGUAACUUUUGUUAUGCAAAGAGAGCCCGUUAAUUCAUUUGCUCUUCACGAGUACAGUAAAUAAAUGAAUUCUUGUCAUUGUUUUAUAGUGUGUUCAAGUGAUUGUGCAAUCUCGACUAGGAUAUAAGAUCUGUACUCCUUCUGACUCCUCGCCAAUCAUUUCUGACUGGGUAAGUGUGUUUUUAUCACACCUUCUGCAUUUCUUUUUUAAUGACCCCAUUAAACCUCUGCUUCUAGUUUAUAUUAUGUCUCGUACUUCUUCUUUAGAGGAGUAUGUAUUCAGUAAACUCCAAAUUGAAGCAAAUUAAAAUCCAAAUUGCAAAAUUGAGGCAAAAAAUAGCCAAGCUGUGACUAUAUUAGAGUUGGUGAAUUUCUCAGGAAUAGGGAAUUUAGCAUAAAAUAUGGUGAGUUGGUUCUAGAUUCAACUUUAAGGGGAAACUAUAAUGUAAAUAAUGUGUUCCUUUUUAAAAAAAAUAAUUAUUUUUUUCGCUUCCUAUUGACCCCCUCCUUUUUGUUUCAAAAUGGACUCUAAAUAACCCCUUACAGGGGCGCUCCACUUCCUGUUUUGUCUUCAUUCCUGAUAAAUUCUCUUUGCAUUGUGAAUGAUAAGUGCAUUUAUGGUGAACUCUGCACUACUUCAAUUAAAUGCUUUUUCAAAGACAAGCAUUUAUUGAAUAUUUAACAUCCUUGUGCAGUGCGUGAGGACGUCAAACACCAAUACCUGAGCUUGAUUUGGUUCUCACACAGGAAGCACCAUCAAGAGUGUGCAAGGAUAGGCAACCUCUGGCACUCCAGAUGUUUCAUACUACAUCUUCCAUGAUGCUUUGCCAGCAUUAUAGCUGCAAGAAGAUCAUUUGAGAUGUAGUCCACAAUAUCUGAAGUCCCGGAGGUUGCUUACCUCUGAUUCUCUUGUACUACCACCAGAGGUAUGUUCAGCCCUUAGCGAGCAAAAUGCCAGGGGUACUGCACACAGAUCACAUUAUUGAGAUUAAGUGCUCUUGGUGCCUAUACUAUCCAUUUAAUUUGGAGUUUAGUGACUAAACCAUUAAGAGAAAUUUAAUAUGGUUUUAGCAUUUAUAAGGACAUUAAAUUGUAAAAAUGUUUAUUUUAUACAGCUAAUAAAAUAAAUGUUUUAAUGUGUUUUGUCUGCUACAUUCCCAGAUAUAAGAGAUUAUGUACUGUAUUAUUUAAACACAUAUUUAUUGUCCAAAUAUCGCAAUCCCAGCUGUUUCUGGGUUCUUCGAGAAUGUUGGUUCUUCGUUGAGGUGCUUGUAAACAUAUGUAGGGAGACACAAAAAUGACAAAUAAUAGUGCAGACUGUUUUGACAGAAAAAUAGGACUCACAACAGGUAGUUUAAGCUCCAUGACAGGUAGCACUCACAUGUAAUAGAGCUUAAGCUUAAACUAGCUCUAAGUAAAAUUGCUUGCAGCGGUACAAUCCCCACUGAUGGAUAUGAUUUUGAGGCGAAUAUCUCUACUAGAGAUGUCGCGAACCGUUCGCGAACUUCCCGCGAACGGCUCGCCGCGAACCGUUCGCGGCGAGCUCCGGUCAGCUGACACAUCCCGGCCAAUCUCCAGCAGACCCUCCCUCCCACCUCCUGGACAGCAUCUAUGUUGAAGGCAGCUUCAACAUGGAUGCUGUCCAGGGCGAGGGAGAGUCCGCUGGAGAUUGGCCGGGAUGUGUCAGCUGACUGGAGCUCGCCGCGAACGGUUCGUGGCGAACUGCGGCGAGCCGUUCGCAAACGGUUUGCGACAUCUCUAAUCUCUACUGCAUCACAUAUUUAUGUUUACAGUGAGCACUACUGGAUAUUUUCUUCUUCUUUAUACACCUACCGGCACAUCUAGAUUGCAAUAUUUGGACUGUGAAUAUUUGUACUUUUUUAUAUUAUUAUGUUAUUCUAUCUUUUUCACACCUUUUGGUGCAAUCUAAUUUUUUUUGUUAUUUUUUUUUUUUUGUUAUGCUGUCUAUUUUUAGGGUUUGAGGGUAUACCCUAUACCCAGUGUUUGCUGCCUAAGUCUAGUCAGUUGUUUCCUUAGUGCUUAUCCAUUUUUGUGUUUUCCUUUUAAAUAUUUAUUGUGAUAAGAAAAGACGAUCUGCCUUAGUUGAUUGGCUGAGCUCAUUACUAGUGGGUAAGGCUAAGACAUUCAUGUUUAAUUUUGUAGUUCUACUUGGCGAUAAAAGACAUCCCAGAGGUUACCCAUGAAGCCAAGAAAGCCCUGUGUGGGCAGCUGCCCACCGUGGGACGCUCUAUGUGUGUGGAGAUCUCUCUAAAGACUUCAGAGGUACCAGUCAUUUUACUCUCUAAAUAAAGCAUUUAUCCUUAUUAUAUUUUCUCUCUCCGCUGUACUUAUUACGUAGUAAUAUUACUUUUUCUCAACUUGGUUUGGUGCAUGAAAACACAUUCAUCUAGCACAGGGGUAGGCAACCUUGGGCGCUUGUCGAAAUUGCCAAUGUCUCUUUAAUAUCAAGUAUAUUCUGUGUACCAUACAUGGAAGAGCAAACCUCUUUCUCCACGGUCUCGUGAACCCAUAGGUGCAUUUAUAUUCCAAUACUAAUCUGUAGGUCGGGAAUGUAGGAUUUGUUCGGCAAUAGGUAUAUCUCUAUAGAUCCAGUAGAUAGUACAUUUAUACAAUGUGACCUAGUUAGCUAUAUUACGCUGCUCAAAGUAUGUUGUGUUAACUGCGGUCAAGGUUAAGAACUUCAUCAUUUUGUUGAACAGUCACCUUAUUUUUUUACUUGGGCUUUCAGUAUUUAUUUUAUCACUCUAUGUAGUGUGUGACUUUUUGUUACAAAAUACUUUAAUUUACCUCUAUUUAGAACUCUGGCUUCAGGUUCCCUUCACUCUCUCUAUCGGCCCAAUAUGGAACAAAAACAUUGCUACACAUUCUCAUUCAUUGUUUUUAUUUUUUAGGGGGAUUCAAUGGAGCUGGAAGUUUGGUGCCUGGGAAUGAAUGAAAAGUUAGUAGCAAAUAAUCGUUUGUUUCGAGAGCAAAGUCAGCUGAAAACAUUGGCAUAAAGUAACAUUUUGGAUAAAAUUAAUACUUUGCGUUGUUGGCUUUCAUGUUGCUCUAUGGUUUCUGUCUGUUAUUUAAAAUGUGUGUGUGUCUUGGGGUUUAACAAUGCUCUGCCAGUGUCACAGCCAGUGUCUCCGGCGAUGUCACACUAUGUUGCACAGCAGAGCUGGACCUGAUUGCCUGUAAUAAAUUAUCUCAAACUCACUGCUUGCCUCCUGUACCCUAGGUGUGAGCCGGAUGUCAAGGUAUCAUACACUGUGUAUAACAGACUGUCAUUCCUGCUGAAGUCGUUAGUUGCUGUUACCAGAGUGACUCCCGCUUACAGACUCUCCAGAAAACAGGGUCACGAAUAUGUUAUUCUGUACAGGUAACUUGAAAUACAUUGGCCGCUAUGCAUAAACAGCAGUCGUGGAGCAGUCAUUCCUUUUGGUUUACAUCAUGAAUGUUCUACAUUUGAAUUACUCUGUAUAUCUAGAGAAAGCUUGGGCAUUGACUCUAAAAUGUUUUCUGCCAAACAUGAAUUCCUUCUACGUCGAUCAAUCUUUCACGCCACACAUUAGGUGCCGAAAAAGUUUGUGGUGAGACCAAACAUAGUAAAAUAACUCAAAAUAGAAAAAAUACUGUUGGGCGUCAUCUGCAUAUCUCAAGUUGUACUUUGGAAAGAUCCAUUCAGGGACAGAAACUCGAAAAACCAUGAUUCUAUCAUUUGCAUGUCAAGCUGAGAACCCUGGGAUAGUCGUGGAAACACGAUUUCUCGAGUUUCUGUGCCCAAGGGUAACUUUUCAAAGUCAAACUUGAGCUAUGCAGGUGAUGCACAACAGAAAAUUCUCAACUCCUUUCCAUUGAUCCAUAAUUGUCUUGUCUCAAAAAAGAACUCGGGGCAAAGUACUUAAUGUGAAGUAAACAUGUGCAAGGUCCCUUUGGUGUCCAUGGCAAUAGCUUCACGUUUCGCUUUUUGCCAAUUAGUUACUGGUAUAUGGCCCGUUGUUGCUAUGUUGUGCAUCAAGACGCAUGUCCAAGGGGAUCUCUUCUACUGCCAGAGGGUAAAAUGGGCAACUGCCCCAGAGGACAGCUUUGAUCUGUAAACUCCUGCAAAUUGUUGUAGAUGGGACAGUCCUCUCUAAAGAUUGUGUAUGUAUCAUUAUAUCGAGUGUGUGUGUGUGUGUGUGUGUGUAUAAAAAAUACAAUGUUAAACAAAAAUCUGCACACCAGUCAAGCCAUAAGACUUGCUUUUCCUAUGGUUUGACUGGUGUGCAGAUUUUUGUUUAACAUUGUAUUAACUAUCCACAGACUUCAGGUGGAAGGGGUUUUCAAUCACAAUUUUUCCCCCACUAUAACCUUUUUGAUAUAUAGAUAUAUGUAUAUUUAUUCUUCAGUGAAAAUAUAUGCCAUGGUUCCACUUAUGGGUCAUAGUAUUAUAUAGUGUUAUGUUUUGUGUAGAUUGGGAGGGCUAUAAAGCUGUGUAACAUGCAGGAAGGUGCAGGAGUGUGUUCCUCAGUAUUAUUCAAUCACAAGACGAUUUCUUGCAUUAUUAUAACCUGCCUUAUGUUCCUUUUUCAGGAUUUAUUUUGGGGACGUUCAACUCCUUGGACUUAAAGAAGGUAAUGUGUCAUGCACAUCCACAAGAUAAUUGGAAACUGAUGAAUAAGACUUAAUAAUGACCCAUAAUUGUAGAAUCCUUUCUGUUGAGCUUCUUCUGCAGUUAUCCAACUUCUGUUUUUCUGCUGUUCUGGAUUACAACACUAGGGGGUUCCCAAGAUCACAGAUUAUACCAUAGGAUGUUAUUGGUGGCCAAGAAUAGGUUGAAUGAUUUCAGACACUUCCAGGUUUCAAUCAAAGUUACAGGAAGCAAUUCAAUUUCCUGGGAAUUAUAGUCUUUUGAAAAUAAGAAUUCUGCCUUUGAAAAUAUGUUCUCGUAUUUAUUUGCAAGAAGUGAGGUUGUAUUUUCGAGAGAGAAUAAAAGACUUCUAUAUUUUUUUAACACUUUUUUUUUUUUUCUCUCUUCAGGAUUCCAGACCAUACGCGUUGGUAGUGUGGGAACUCCUGGUGGCACAGUCACACUGACCUGCGCCUACAGAACCAACCUAGCGUUUAUUUCAACCAGGUAACCAUGCCAGAAACACUGGAAGCAAGUGGGGGCUCUAAGGGAAGUUGGCCACUCUUUACCAUGAGAAACUCACACACUGGCCAUUGGACACUUCAGAUUAUACCAGCCAAGCGCUGAUGGAAAAAACCACUGACCCACUGGCAUUCACAUACCCCGGCCUUUACUGUUAUUCAGCAAGCUGCUUUAUACUUCACCGCUGCUCAUGUUUCUCCACUUCUUGGAGGACAUUUCAACUUAGGAAACUGGAAUGGGCUGGGUAUAUAUAAGAGAGUGAGGCGUGCUGGUAAAUAAUGCCAAUGUGUUUGUUGCAUUGCAGACAGUUUGAGAGGACCCAACCCAUCAUGGGGAUUAUAAUUGAUCACUUUGUUGACCGACCAUUCCCCAGCACCUCACACAUGCAUCCCUGCAACUACAGGUGAGGAUGUAGAUAGCACGAAAUAAAAUCAGUACCCCUCUCAGUGGUUCUUAAAAUUGGGGUAGGCCACCCAUAACGUUUCAUCUGUAGAUAAACUGCACCCUUUCUCAUAAGCAGAAAGCCAAUAUCAGGCUAACAAAACUCAUGUUCCACACUCUUUCUUCAGACUGAGUUGACAGAGAGCCUACAAACCUCCACUCCCAUUGCCCUCACCCAUCCUAUGUUAUUAUUAUUAUUAUAGCUUGCAAAAACCGAAGAGAUUGAUGUCAGAUCCAAAGUAUUGCUAGUUCUAGCAUGUUCAUAAACUUGCAGGGACUUGGUGUGAAGGACAGUUGUGUCACUAGGUGAAAUCGUACCCUGUUGCAUGGAUUUGGAUUACUGCUCAUAGUUUUGGCUCAUUCAUUACAUCAACUGUAUUGACCAUAUUGCCUCUCCCCUCCUGCCUUUCACAUUCAGCAUAAUCUUUCUUACUAACACCCAUGGGUUUUAUAUAAAUAUUCCCAAACAGGGCACCUGACGACCAAGGGAAUGCUUAUCCUGCAGGGGAGGAAUCGCAAGACGUUGCCACAUCUUUCUCUACUUCCCCACCCUCUCAGGUGAGACUCUGCAAAUUGUCGUUUUUAUAACCACUUCUAGUAGUGUAAUAUCCUAUCAAACAAUACACAUGCUUUCCCACAACUUGUUGCUACACUUGAGAAUCUUAGUUUGACCAUAAUUCUUCCUAAGGACAUUUAUUAGUUAUCUGGCUAGAUGGGCAGAUUCUGAAGGGGAUUAGGCAGUCAUGUGGGUGAAUUCUCUUGAUGAAUGGGCAGAUUCUCAAAUGUUAUAUCCUACACUGAUUUCAUAGUGAUUGAGGUACUUUCUACUUGUAUUGCAUUCCGGCCUUAGCAUAGGUCUCUUAGUUUGAUGUGAAGAGGAUCAUAAAACACAUUCUUCAUGAGGAAUGUAUUUUUAUUUUAAUUAAAUGGGGUACCUAAAAUGGAGUGGCCUUUCCCCAAUAUGAACUCAACCAGUUACAUUUUCCUAACAGGUAAGUGUACUCCACAAGCAAAUGUUUGGAAAAAUCAGAGGCUGCGGAGAGAACCUGUCGUGUCCUUAACCAGCCUAUCUUUCCAUUAUAUAAUUAUAUGUAAAGCCAGUGAGAUCUGUUUCUGUGCAGUGAAUCUCCUAUCCUUAAAGGGGCAAUCUAGGCACCAUAACCAUUUGUACUGUAGUGGAGUCACUCGGCACCAUUCUCUGGUAAGUAAUAAAACCAUUUUGACAAAUAUCUGGCUUCCCUAGAUGCACCUGUGUCAUAUUUGAAAACUGGGAUGGUGCCAAUGGACUCCCGCUCUAGUAGUUAUGUUGCCUUGACUGCCCCUUUAACAUGGGUAGUAUCCUGCAGUCUCUGAGACACCCUAGAUACUUUCUAGCAAUGUUGCACAAGCAUGUUUGAGCUACAGUCAUGUAAGCUACGUUUCUACAGAACAUAGAAUAUUUACUUAUAUCUGCUCUCUGAUAUAGCAUAGGGAGAAACCAAUUUGCUAAAGAUGGUACAAAGCUGGUUGUAUAAGAGUUACCAGGAUGUAGCUUUGCUUUGGUGGAACUACAUCUCACUGAGCUGACAGUCCCUUUUACAGUGAAUAAAAAGAUAGCCUGCUGCUCAUUUAAUGUGAAUCUUCACUUCUGCAUUAACACUUCCAACUUUGGAUUGCAAUGGUAAGCUGGGUAUCUAUCAUCCCCAUCCAUGUUGAAUUAAAUUACCCUUGAAAAUGCAGAAGUGUAAUGUUUGCAUUAUCAAAACUGCUGAAGAGGAUGUAGACACUAAACUAGUCUGUGUGACAUUUUGGGACUCAUACAAUGUUCUUCAUUCCUCAUCUAUAAAUUCUUUCUCUCCUCUCUCUGGCUUGUUGUAUGUCCCUAUAUGUAGUAUGUGUUCACUGUCAGUAAGGCACAGGGUCAAACCGCUAUUCCUGUGGUGACCAACUCUCCCAGGGUCCUGACAAUGGGACUGGCCUUAUCACACCAAGUGAGUCUGUAGCAAAUAAUGCGUACAGUGUGUGAGCAACUGUUUGUGUAUUCUGUGCAGCUCAAACUAGAGGUACAGCCUGCUCAGUGUGUUAAUAUUGUUAGGGCUCAUACUAGUGCACCAAGACAGUAAAUCAUCUUGGAGAGUGUCAUAUCAUAUUCUCACCAUGACACAUUAAAGUUGGCAUGUCACCUUAAAAACAAACCAAAAACUUUGUCUAUAAAUUGUGCUAAAAUAUUUUAACUAGGUGAACAGUGUUUAAUAUAUUUUUGUAAAUCCAUUUGCUGCCAUGCACACCUAAUUCUUGUGGCGUCUGGGGAAUUAUUUAAUUCCACACUAAAUUCCACUAAACUUGUCUGUAUCCUGUGCUUAGAACUUAAGGAACCUCUCCAUGAUUUAACACCCAUUUUUAAUGCAUUCUGGAAAUCCCUGGUCUUUGAUUAUCUUUGUCCAGGAAAUGAAAGGGCUUAAAUUCUGGUCAUAGACAUACCUAGGUUGUUUGGCAUCCAGGGCAGAAUUGUGUGUUGUCAACCACCCUAAUUUGUGAGAAAAAGAAAAAUGUUUUCGCUGCCUCCUCCUUUGUUUCUCUCCAAUCCCCUUACCCCAUUGUGCAUGACCCAUUUACCUCUUGAUUAUCUCCUAAACCCCCUUUACCUCUUGUGUGUCUCUUAACUGCACCAUUUACCUCUUCGUGCAUCACUUAACUCCCUUUACCCCCUUGUGUGUCUCUUUGUGCCUCCCACCCGUACUGCACAUAGCAGCACUGUAUAGUGGGACCGCAGUAACUCUACCAUAUGUGACAUUUGUAAGCUACUGAUUCUGUUCCUCCCAUAUUUUCCUUUGAGAAACUUAUACAUUUCCCAUGAACCACUAUUCUUUGGACCAUUGUCACUUAUGAUAGUGGCUGUAAUGCAGUUAUUUGAGGAACUGCAUGUGACAUUGUGGAUUUGCUCAUGUGGAGCAUCCCUAAAUCGUAGUCAAUAUUGGGUGAAUUCCUAAUGGUAUCCGUUAAGUCUUACUAAGCGUAGUCUACUAGGACACAAACUUACUCACAGAUCACUUCUUCCAUUUUGAGGACAGAUCAUGGGUGCCUGGCCAAGCGGCAUCCUUCACAAGUUCCUACUUUAAUCUCCACCCUCAUAUCUAGGUGUGUCCACAGAACUAUCUUCUCAUCCAUGCUGUGUGGCAGAAGAGCCAUAGAAUUUGAAUACAAUUAUCCUAACUCUGGUAGGCUACUAGUCUUUGGGGGAUACCUAAAUGCUAUGAUCGGAAACUUCCCUAUGCUGUCCUGUACCAUUAGUGAAUAUUUGUAACUCCUACAGUUUUAGGAUUAUGUCUAUGUUUCUUACCAAAUUCCCUUGAAAAGAGACAAAGACAUAGGAUUGCAGGAGUGUUUUGCAAAGAACAUUAAAGUAACAAAUACCUGUAUUCCUAAUGCUACAGCCCUGGUGCCCCUAAUCAAUUAGGUGUUUGUCGUUGUCCCCCAUCCCAGAGGGCUUCAAGCCACGCCUCCAAGUUCUCUUAUUAGUGAACUAAAGUGUUUUGGGAGGUAUGUGUGGAGGGGCAGGACUGUAGGCACUAUCACAAGGAAGUUGUUAAAGUGCCUACAGUGUCCCUUUAAACUUUUUUUUUUGCUGUUUGAUGCAUUCCUGCACUGCCUAGAGAGUCCCUUAGAUAUUUUGCCACAGAUGCCUGACAAACAAUAGAUGACUUGCCAGUUAGUUGAAGUGCAUAUUCAAACAAUCUUUUGCUCAACCAGAUAAAUUCAACACUUUUGUAUGAAUUUAAUUAAUACCUUUUUCUGUAGGUGACCUGUCGACUUUAAACUUUGAGUGGUCAUAUCCUGUGUAGGGUAGUGGUAGUUUCUCAAAAGUUCCUCAUCCAUUCACAUGUGUUCAUUUGCUAAAACCUACAAGGCAUGAACUACGGUAGUUAGCGCUGCAUAACAUUGCAUCUCUGCUACAUACCUUUCUCUGUCUUAUUUUAGCUUUUUUUGUUUUCUUUUCGUCUCCUUUUUUUUCUUUUUUGCUUUGUAGCUGUGCAGCUCUCGUCUGUCCUAUCAGCCAGCUGGAGCAGGAUCUUCGGAACUGGGUUACCCAGUAGGCUUAGCUGCUGGAGUGAGUGCCACCCAUACCCAGCAGGUACUCCUGGGAAGGUGGACAAAACACGCAUAGUGUACACACAGUGAACAGGAUGAGCGUAUACCUUGACAGCCCAUCGGCGUGCCUGUUUAUUAAAUGCAUGCAAGUUUAAAGACUUGGUAAACGUCAAACCAGUCUUUCCUCUUGGAAUAUUUUGGGCGAACACUGUACUCUUCAUGUUACUUUUGUUUUCCUCUUUGUUUGUUUUUUUUGUUUUGUUUUUUUCUCUGUCAUCUUUAAAAAUAAGCAGAUCCUGAAUCUGGUUUGCUGUUUGACAAUUUGUCAUACAUUUUGGCUCCAUCAAAUAACUGAAAUGGAGCAAGAUCGUGCAUCUCCAUGUGUAGGAAAGCUAAAAUUUCACUAAAGCACCGUGUCAUCUGCAUGCCUUCUAGACCCUUAAUAAAACAGAAAAUUUCACAGUGAAAGCUAAUAACCGACACUUCUUGGGAUCUGAUUCUCUUUGUAGAUGAUGAAUACAGCAAAAGAAGGUGGAUUGCCCAACAUGAACGCUCAGCCGGCACAGGGUAAUCAGGGAGACAAUGAUAGACCAGUUCCCACGCCUCCCUCUAAUGGCACAUCCAGCAGGUACAGCCCACAUCUGUACAGUGUAAAGUGAUAUGUUCCCGCGGUGAAAGCAAUGCUGAUUAUGUCCUCUCUGCCACAGUGAUGAAUUAGAAUUACCUGCGGGCAAAGGUGCACCUGGCAAAAACACCUCCCCUAAUAAACAUGCGCGCAUCCUGUUCUCCAGGAAAGUUGGAGCAUUUGUGGACAAACCCUCUCCUCAGGUUGGUGGCAAGAUCAAGAUGUACAGUACAACAAGCACUGAAAUAUAUGGUCCCUUUAUUUCCAUUUAUUCCUCCAUCUUUCUUUACAUCCAUGCCUUGAGCUAUCUGUCAGGCCAUUACUUGCUCUGUUUUUAAAUGUUUGUGGCUUUUGGUAGCUGGAUUCAUUUAUUUCGUCAAUCUCUGUAUUUCCAUCUAACGCUGCAUCAGUAGACCUUGCUAUAUUUUGGCAAAAUGACUAUGACACACUCUGUUCUGCUUUCAGAUCACCUAUGAAAGCUUGGAUAUACCUUUUGCCGCCUUUGCUCCCAGAAGUGACUAUGAUUCGGACAAUGAUCCCAUGGUACUGCCUCCCACUUAAUCAUAAAUAUAUCAGGCCUCCUGCUCAACAUUUAAUCAUUUUUUUUUGUGUCCCCUAGAACCACCAUUUUUACACAAAGCUUAGUGGGAGUUAAUUUAUACUUCAGCAUUUUUCAUUUCUAAAAGAUGCCAAGCAAGCGCUGCAGUAAGAUCUGAUCCAAAUUUACUCACAUGUCCGUUGGUCUCUUUUUAUUUUUUAAUUCUAGGUAGUUUGUCCAGAGACACCAGAAGAGGAUUCUCCUAAAACUAGAAGUUUGCAAAGUUCCACCGCUAGCAGUGAAGCUGCUCAAGAUGAUUUUGUGAUUGUCGAUUGGGUAGGUGGUCCUAUUCUUUCAAACUAGACCACUUAUAGAACCUUCUUUUCUAUUACUAUUAUCUUCUGGUUGUCUAGUGUCUCAUCAGUUAAUCGUAAUGGAUAGACUUGUGCACAAAUCUCUCUGAACUGCGCCAAACGAAUCAAAUGCCUGUCAGUCUAUAGUCAAAUGAAUCAAUUAAUUUGGGUUUGCUUAGCGAAUUAAUUCAGGUAAAAGGGAUUUGUUUACAAGCCUAUUAAUGAAUGAAGUGGUUUUUCUUUUUGACUUUUAUUGCUUUUCAGAGACCGGCCUUCACCAAAGAUGAUAUUGGAAUGGACGUUGGCACUUUCUUCCGGGAAUUUCAGAACCCACCACAGCUCAGUAGCUUGUCUGUAGAUGGCGGUGCACGGUCAAUGGCAGAAGAUCUGGUGAGGACUCUAGUGGCAGUGCUGUUGUAGGCCUUAAACUUUAAUAUUACAUAUCCCAUAAACUAAAAUAUUUUUUUCUUUUUUAAGCUUUAUGCAAGUUGUAAUUCAACAGUCCUAAAUGAUUUGACUUCCUCCAUUUCAGGACAAAUAGAUCUGAGGAACAUCAGUAGUUAAGCAGAUCAAACAGAAUAUAAGAGAACCUAGAAUGGGUAAAAAACAGAACCUGUGCCUGUUGCAUAUCAGACUGAUUGCUCCUGCAUGGACAGUCCAUAUCUGAAAUGCGGGCAAGCUCCUUGGCUGGGGUUGCUGUGUAUCUGUAAAGACUGACCUGACCCAGGUCUAGCACUUAUAAUAUAAGAAUAUAAGUUAGAAUUUCUGCAUGAAGAGGCAGAAUUAACGUAAACAGGCCGAGGUCAAGGAUAACAGAGAGCAAGAAUAAUCAGGCAAGCCAAGUAUACACUCUUGGGUAAACAGAAACCACGACAGGACAAGCAAACAAGGGCAAUCAGGAAGUGUACAUAGGGCCAUGAAGUCACAAGUGUGUACACAUCAUCAAAAAGGACCACAUAGACUGGCAUUAUAAAAGGAGACCAAAGGGAGAGUUCCAUGUCAUAUAUGAUGUCAUAAUGAGGCACUAGGAAGAGACACACACACAGAAGAGACAUCGCUUCCGUGAUCACAUGGCGCCACGAGGGAUAAGUAUUGUGAUAUUCUCUCAUGCAAUGGGAUACUGGCCUUUCAGGUCUGAAAUGGGCCUAGGUUCAUGGAAGCAGCCUCCUUCACUCUCUGACAUAACUACUUCCUACUUCUUUCCAUUAAGUUCUACAGCCUUAGAGGGAGAAGGAGUGAGAAAAAGGGUGUUAGUGGACUACACAGGCUUUGCCGCAAAUAAAACUGAACUCCACUCUGCUGAGGUCAAGUAGAUAUAUCCCAACUCAAGUUGUAGGUAGUUUUAAAGAAAGCAGAUAGUAAAGUUAAUAUCGUAAUAGCUGAUAUGUCCACUGUACAUGGUAAAUCCAGCCCCCCUAAACUAAAGCACUAUUUUGUAGUGUUAUGUGUGGACUGACUGACUUCAGGGGGAAACAUUGUUCUUUAAUAGGUCGCUGGCAAGGUCUGGAACAGUAAUACACCAACUGUUGAUGGACUUCCUUUGUCAGAACUGGAAAACGUAUUUUAAGGUGUGACUAUCCAUCAAAUAUUGUGGAUAUCAAAUGCAAAUGAUGUGAAUGGUGACCUGUUGUGUUGUUGUGUUUUUCCUCUUCUUCUUCUUCAUCUAUACAUUCUUCUUUUUUUCCCCUCAGCAGUCCAUACCAGAGAAAUUAGCCGUGCAUGAAAAAAACAUGAAGGAGUUUGAUGCGUUUGUUGACUCUUUGCAGUAAGACAAGAGACCCUCAGCCAGGAAUCUGUUUUUUUUGUCACGUCCACAAGUAACUUUAUUUGCCCCUUUCGAUCCACACACUCAGGUCCACUUUCUCUGCCCCUGCUUUCCUGUCUUUAAGGGGCCAUUGACCUGUUUCAGAAAGACACUCAUGUUUGAUACCUACUAACAUUCUAUAAGAUGCUACACUGAACAUUAAGUACAAAUAGAUAAAUGCAGGUUUUGGAUAACCACCUCCAAAGACUCUCUCAACUCAAACUGUUGAAACUGAUCAGUGUUAGCUCACACGAAUUCCAGACUAGUGUAGGCCUGAGAAAAGCCAUGUAUUUAACACUACAAUGGGGACAUUUUGCCACCUUCCGAAAAACAAGCACACUCAAUUUGUGUAUUGCCUGUUUCAUCAGCUACCAGUUGUCUUAAACACUGUGCAUUUUUCAGAGAGGUCUUUAAAGAAGACAGUCACAGUGUUCACCCAAAGUCUCCAAGGCUAGACAAUUUCCAGGUGAGCAUGGCUCUUGAAAUGUUUCUGCUGGCCCUUAACAUUUUUGGAGCACUGGGAUAUAAAAUGGACUUCUAUGGCAUUGCUGGCUCCUGAGACUGUCUAACCCUUAAAUUAUUUACACUUUUUGUUCAGCCCUGACUGUCUCGCUAAACCACAAAAUGAGUGACUGCGCACCUUACAUCUCCGACCGCCCUAAUGCUCUUGCUACUUCAAGCUUCAUUUGGGAAAUAGCAGCCCACUGCUUCCUGUAUUUUCUCUUCUACGUUCCCAUCUCAGGUAACCCCAAGCAAUGUCUUUUUACGUAAUUCUCUAUCCAAUGCGCAGUUUCCUGGACAGUGAUCGUUGUAUUCUGCUUGCCUGGAUACUUCAGGGUAUUGUAGACACCCAGGCAGGAGGGUUAGUACUGAUCUUCUGCCUCAACAACAUAUGUCUUUUUGGCCAAUGCCAUCCACCAACACCUGCUUUAUUGACUGGACACCUAGCAUCCUCCAAAUGCUGGAUAAUGGAUAAUAAAGUCUUUAUAAUAAAUUUCAUUUGUAAAAUACAACACUAAAGGUUAAGACUUUCUCCUUAACCUCCUCAACUACUCUGUCAGGCUGUUCACAUUUAGAGCUAGGCAUCUUUUGCCUUUCCAUCUGUUGAAUUGUAACUGCCAUGAUCCACCAGGUUUGCUGCAGGCCUCUGAAACAGUAGGUUUUAUAACAGCUUGCUAGCCCCAGGUUGCCUAGCUCUCGGAUAUAUAUUAGGAGGAUGUCUCUAUAUUAUUGUUAGGGUAAGCCUGCACGGCUAGUGUUAGUUUACUUUGUUGGUUUAUGAUUUAAAUCACACAUAAUAUGUUAAUUUUUAGCAAGAAUCAGUGGAGGGUUUAACGCUGCUACCUUCCCUGUGUGUUACCAUUUGCACUCGGAAGGAGAAUACAGUCACUGUUAAUCUAAGAGAUGUAUGUCAGAUGUAUUAUAAAAUUAAAUAUAUGUAUUUCCAAGAUGUGAAUGUUUUGGGUUUUGUUUUUUAAACAUGGUGACAGGACAACAGUGCUCUUGACUGGCUUAUAAACGGCCUUGACUUUAGCUCAAUUGAAUUCUUUUGAAUGGAUUAGAACACGGACUACAAACCAG